AUGCAUAGAAGAUUCUGGGGAACGAUCUUGGCUGUGUUGGUGUCUUGCUCUGUAUCAGCAUUUCAGCAUGACUUGAAGGCAAGGUGCGCACAAAGAUGGUGUAUGACUUAUGCAACCGCACAACUUGUGAACAAGUACAUUGCAUGCACGUCGACACGGAGGGUACCGACGGCUGCACUGGAGAUCUGUACAUCCCAAGAUGGAGCAAGAGGCGUGAUUUCCCCGGCCGGCGCCUUCCCGCUGGAACCUUUUACCGCCAUUCCUGAGAUUUACCACAGAUAUUGUGGACUGUUCGUGGAUAUCGGGCUGGCAAACGCUAUAGGCUCACGAUAUGACAGCACACGUGGUAGAGGAAAGUGCUGA